CGCGACGUGGCCGGCAGCCCCUUCCUCGUCCUCCUCGAGGUCUUCGAUGGCUUCCGCUUGGUCACCACCCCCCAGGACCAGCCGCUGGCCUCAUGCCAGGUCGAGCGCUGGUAUGUGGGACCCGGCGUCCAGCGGGUCCCCGUCCGCGAGGGCAGGGUCCGUGGGGCGCUCUUCUUGCCGCCCGGAGCAGGACCGUUCCCGGGGGUGAUCGACCUGUUUGGGGGCGCAGGGGGGCUCAUCGAGUUCCGCGCGGGGCUGCUGGCCAGCCGGGGCUUCGCCGUCCUGGCGCUCGCCUUCUUCGCCUACGAUGACCUGCCGCGCACGCUGGCACAGCUCGACCUCCAGUACUUCGAGGAGGCGGCCGAGCUGCUCCUGCGGCACCCCAAGGUGAGCACGCAGGAUGUCCUGGUGACACCCCAAUGUCCUGGCGCGGAGGUGGCGCUGGCCAUGGCCACCUUCCUGCCGCAGGUGGUGGCCACGGUGUGGAUCAACGGCACGUCGUCCCUCCACGGCAACCCGCUGCUCUACGGGGACCUGCGCAUCCCCCCCAUCCCUUACUUCAUCGAGCGCGUCCUCAUCACCGACGUGGGG